AAGGUAUAGCUGAGUUUAAAUUUUAAAUUCCUAGAUUUUCUCUAAUCAGUUGAAUAUAUACGAUAUGGUUUUACCAUUCAAUGAAACGAUGAACACAAACUUCAUUCUCUACUUCUUUCUCUCCACUUAGAUAAUUCCUAAAUCUCUCAUAGCCUCUAUCACACCAAAUUACAGCAUAGCAUAAAUUGAAGCCUCUAUCACAAUAUUCAAUUUCUAAGGGCCUAGAAGGUAUCGUAGGAGUUAAUUACAGCGGAGUUGAGGUAAGGAAAAAAAAUAAUUAUACUUUAUACUUGCUUUUUAUAUGGUUUGAGUAUCUAGUAUAACUGCUUGAAUAAAUUGUAUUGAAACUGUGGAAUGUGAUAGUUUCGGUGAAAUAGUGUUUUAUCGAUGAAUUGUAUAUGGCUGUUUAAUCAUGUUCCAGGUACUUGGAAGUGGUUGGAAACCACACAUGUAUGGUGAUGUGGUAAGUGAGGCAGUGUACGUAAGGGUGCACUGGUUAUUGGUACUGCGUUCUGGUUAAGAACGUAAGACACUCCAGAUUUGUAUGGAAGCUGGAGUGUGAUUGUGAGUGUGAGUGUGUGGUAUUUCAGUAUUUGUGUGGCUGCCUCUAUUUAUACUUAUGAUUAGGUUGUUGUAUGUUUGAUGUAUAUGUUUGUGCUAUGAUGUGUGAAUGCUGGUACAUAGUAUUUUGUUUUUCCUUACUGGGCUUUGCAGCUCACCCCUUAUUUACCCCCUAUGUGCAGAUAAGUAAGCCUGUAAGUUUUUGGUGACAAGUUGAGUCUGGGCAGCAUGGGGUGUAUCUCGUGUGAUCAUGUAACUGCGUGUGGUCUUGGCCAUCUUCCGCUGAAAGUUUUUUUUAAUUUAUUAAACUUAUCGAGGAUGUUGUCGUUUAAAUUUUCUAUUACUUUUCCCUAAGUGGUAAUACUUUAUUUUCAACUGGGUACCCAUGUUUUGGAAAUUGUUAUUUUUUUUAAUAAAGGCAACAUUAGUAUCUUAACGCCAGUUUAUUUAUGGCAUCUUAUUUUACGUAAGUAAGGGCGUUACAAAUGGUACCAGAGCCACAGUUACAUUGAUCUUGAAUUCACGCGACAUACACACCAUCGCUGCAAAGGAUCAACUUGUCAUCAAGUAUGUAUGCCUUAUAUAUGUUAUGUCUUAUAUAUUAAAUUUGGUUUAGUCUUUAUCUUUUGAUUUUCCUUUAGUUAGCUAGAAGUUUAGGGUAUGGUUAAUCGAAACAAUUAACUGAUUCUUCGGAGUUAGAAUUUUAGUAUAACUCAAACAAUUUUCUUAUUAGUGUAUUUUUUUUUAUGAGUGAAGAUUAUUUAUUUAUUUAUUUAUUUUACAUGGUGAAUUGUUGCUUGAUGAUUUACGUUUUUUUUAAGUUUAUAUAAUUUAGUGUAUAGAUAUUUCCUUUUUCAGCGAGAUACAUCUUUCGUUAUUAUUCUUACCGCUACCAUCUCCUUUCUUUUGAAGAACAAGUUAAGGGAUUUGAUGGAAAACGGUGAACCUAGAAGAUCAACCCGGUUGAAUGAAAGAGCGGCUGUAAGAGACCGAGCUAGAGGUCGGGGGCGAGGAGGUGCUCACGGUCGAGGUCGCGGUCGAGGCAGGGGAAACCAGCAUGUCCCUGCCGAGGCGGUGAUCCAGGAGAAUCAAAAUGCCCCUGUAAAUGGACAACAACCAGGUCAAGGUGGGGGCAACCACGAAGUCCCUGCUGGGGUAGUUGGUCAAGAACACCAAAACGCCCCUGUAGUGGUGCCACCACAACAAGAAGAUUUGGCGCAAGAAGUUGCUCGUCUCAGGGAAGAAAUUAGGAAGCGAGAUGAAGAGGCUCACAACCGUCAGGAACAACCCAAUCAAGGACAACAUCAAUUUUUGCCGGUGCAAUACAUGCCUGUGCCGGAGGGUCGAUGGGAACCAAUAUAUGAAAGGUUCCGCAAGCAACACCCACCAAAUUUUGAAGGGGGCUCAGAUCCAAUGGAAGCUGAGGAAUGGUUAAGAACAGUGGAAGGUAUUGUUGAGUACAUGCGGCUCGGUAACGGAGAUAGUGUAGCUUGUGCUGCUAGUUUAUUGAAAAAGGAUGCCCGCAUCUGGUGGGAUGUUAUUAAACAAACACGGGAUGUGGCCGCAAUGACCUGGGCUGACUUUGUACAAGUUUUUAACAAAAAAUACUACAGUGAAGCAAUACGCUCAGCUAGAGUUAAUGAGUUCACGAACCUGAGGCAGGGUAAGUCUACGAUACGAGUAUGCUCGCCAAUUUGA